AUGCAGCUGUGCCGGGGCCGCGCGUUGGGCAUCUCCGUGGCGGUGGCGCACGGGGUUUUCUCCGGCUCGCUCAACAUCCUGCUGAAGUUUCUCCUCAACCGCUACCACUUCACCUUCCUGACGGUGCUGCAGUGCCUGACCAGCUCCACGGCGGCGCUCAGUCUGGAGGUGCUGCGGCGGCGGGGCGCCCUGGAAAUGCCGCCCUUCAGCUUCAGCCUGGGGCGCGCCUUCGCCGGGGCCACGGUCCUCUCCACGCUGCAGUCCAGCCUCACCCUCUGGUCCCUGCGCGGGCUCAGCCUGCCCAUGUAUGUGGUCUUCAAGCGCUGCCUGCCCCUCGUCACCCUCCUCAUCGGCGUCCUGGUGCUCAAGAACGGCGUCCCCUCCCUCGGGGUGUCGGUGGCCGUCCUGAUCACCACCUGCGGGGCUGCUCUGGCAGGUGCUGGUGAUCUGACUGGUGAUCCCAUUGGGUAUGUGACUGGAGUUCUGGCUGUGUUGGUACAUGCAGGAUAUUUGGUUGUGAUUCAAAAGAUGAGUGCAGAUAGUGACUACGGGCCUCUGACAGCCCAGUAUGCCAUUGCGGUUUCAGCCACACCUUUUCUCAUCUUAUUCACCUUUGUCAGCAUGGAAGCUAUCAAUAUCUGGUCGUUCCCAGGAUGGAAAGAUCCCCUCAUGACAUUCAUCUUUUUUGCCUGUGUCUUAUUGGGCUGUGCCAUGAAUUUUACCACCCUUCAUUGCACUUACAUUAACUCAGCUGUCACCACUAGUUUUGUUGGCGUUGUGAAGAGCAUUGCAACCAUCACGGUUGGUAUGGUAGCCUUCAAUGAUGUGGAGCCAACGAAGCUGUUUAUAGCAGGUGUGGUGGUAAACACGGUAGGAUCCAUCACGUAUUGUGUGGUGAAGUUUAUUGAGACAAGAAAACAGAGUAAUUAUGAAGAUCUGGAAGAGGAACUUAGAGAAGAAGAGAAGAAAGACUAUGAUGGAGACCAACCACCCUUUUCAAUGGAGGAGAUGCCUAAGGAGGCAGAAUCUGGAGACCCAAUAAUAGAGGAGUCAGCAGAUGAAAAGAAACAGCAUAGCGCAGAAGAGACGGGCAGCACUGGAGAAGAAGGAAAUGCUACUGCUGUUCCCGUAGAUGGUAGCACUGAAGAACUUAACAGAAACUCACUAAAGAAUGCCUAUCUUGGAAUAUGGAGGUUAAUUAGGGGAGCCAAUUAUGCAAAGAAAGAUUAUCUAGUAGAAAAUGAAGAGUUACCAAGUCCUUGA